GUUUUAUUGUUUAUGAAAAAGAAAGCUGAAAUAUGAAAAAGAUUAGGGUUAGAUACCAAAACAUGGCAUUCAUGGCUUGCUGAGCCAUGACUUAAAGCCAAUUCCUUCCUUAAUGAACACCUGAGUGCUCCUUGAUGCUGAUGUGAUAUGAUGUGCUAAAUCACGCAGCCAUGGCAAGGCAGGAGCCCAGCCAUAGAUUUGGAAAGAAUCCAGCUACAAGAUAGAUUCCUCAUGUCUCAUAGCAAUUUUUAGGGGACUCUUGAAUAUCAUCUUUUUUCUAGCGUGCAGAGUCUCAGACUUCCAAAAUCUCUUGUGCUCAGUCUUUCUGUGCAGUCAGUCAGAUGCUGGUCACUUAUCUUUGCUUAUCAACUCUUCUUAUGGGAAACAUGGAACUUGAGUUUUGAGCUUUUGGUGGGGUUGAUUUAUCUUUGAGCUUUAAUGUUCAUGUUAUUCUGCUUUUUUGUCCCCACAGCAGUACGAUUUGAGGUAGCUAAAAUGAUGAUCAAAAGGCUCAGGCCUUAGUGUUUGUAUGUUAAUGGCUGAAGCAUGAGGUUAUGGUGGUGGUUCUCUACAGGCUGCUCCCCAUAGCAGAAAGCCUUAAGACUGCUUUUAAAAGGGCUAAGCUGUUUCCUUUGGUGAGGGAAACUGCUUCUUCUCACCUGCAUGGAAAUAAUUAAGACUGAAGACAGUUGUGAUCAUCUGGUCAAACCACAUGGCAGUUUUUGCAGUUACUGUGCUUGGCCUAAUUUUGGAGGAACACGCUCAGGCUUGGAUAAAGAAGAACAGGUGUACAGGAAUGGAAUUAUUUCUACAGCUUUGACUGAGGUUAAUGGGAAAUAAGAAAAUUAAAUGAGGCAGAAACCUUAAUGCAGGCUGAAAUCAAAUCACUGUUUCUAUAGGCAUGAUCGAAGAUUUGACAUAAUUUUCUGCUUUGUUAAGAGCUUAGUAACUGGAUGAGGUGACUGCAAAUAUAAGCUGGGAGUUUGCAGUCCAGAAAUCUCACAUCUGUGCCCUGGGUUGUGGUAUUUCAUUUUUUUAGGUAAAUGAUCCCUCCCCACCCUUUUACCCCGCAAAGAAAACCCCAAGCUGUUGUAUGAUCGUGAUGGUAACAGCAUUCUCCAAGCAGGGGAGUGCACAGCCAAGUUGUGAAGGACACAGGAUCCCUCUUCUCUGGUGAGGACAACCAGGAUCCCUCUUCUGGAGUGGCUUAACCUGCUCAUCUCAACCCUGGAGCUCUGCAGCGGUGGGUGCAAAGCUUUACAAUGCCAGCUGUGUUUUGGGGAAUGUGGGGUGAAGGGGGAGGCUGUGCCUGGCACGGAGGGAGCUUCCACAGGCACCUUCCAGCUCUGCUCCCCCGGUUUGCUUUGAUUCCUCUUGGCUACUGGCUAGAUGGCAUAACACAUCCUCUCACCAUUCCCUGGUGUGUGUUCCUGUGAGCACUGGUCAGGCCUGGGGAGGUGUUUUGGCUUAAGUGUGUGAAAAUGACUUAAAUCUGGCCUGGCGAAACCUUGAGACGCCACUUCGACCACAAGGUGGUGGCAGAGGAUCCGGGACGAGAGAGGGAGGAAGGACAAUGCUGGGAGCGUGGGAAAGUGAGAUUCCCGACCAUCCUUGGCCCCAGCACAUAACUUAGCAUGCAUACGUGCGGAUUGGCACAUACGGGUUGGUUGCCAGCUCUUCCCGUUUAAAUUAAUCACUGGUGACACGAUCUGGGUCCUUGUUUGGAGAAGUGCUCGGGUACAUGCGGGAGUUACAACAGGAGCUUCCCCAUGGAAGGGCAGCAGAGCUGCCUCUGCACCAGCACAUCAGCAGGACUGUGGCUCUUCUGAACUGAUUAAAACUCGUGAGUCAGCUUACCCUCCCCAAACUAGGAAACUUAAGGAAAUCACUUAGAAAUACCUUUCAGGUUGCAAAGGACUGUCUUUCCUGACCCUUCUCUCCAAUCUGGCUUUCUAAACCCAGGGUGACGGCUGAGGUGGUCUUUGAGAUCAAAUUAUCCACAGAAGCUGAGAUCAGCCCUCAUUUGAUUAUCUUUAGAGUACUGAACUGAUAAGGAGUAAAAGCCCAGAUGGAUGACAGCAGGUUAUUUAUGGCUUAAAACACUGAAAGAUGGUGGUGGUGGGUGGACCUCAGUGCCCAGACUUGCAGGCAUUUAGCCACCUUCUUAAUGCUAUUAAAUCUGUUCAGUUGAAGCAGGACUGAGCAAUCUAUCUGAAAACUUCAAGCAAGACUAGAGUUUAAAAACAGAAUCCCCCAAGGAACCAGCAUUUUCUGGGGACUGAAAUACUGAGUUUCAGAUACCAGCAGUACAGAGGAGAAAAAGCACUGGCAGACUGGGCACUGCUCAGGAUGAUUUUCAUCUUUGUACCCGGAGCACGCAGCCUCUGCUAGCCAGCAUUUGAUCCUGCGUGCCCAGCCUCAGCAAAAUAAAGCACCAAAACUCUGCUGGGCUCUCUAGUGGAAUGGUGUUUCAUCUCUCUUUUGGAAAAUCCUGCCCUCAAGAGACCGCUGCCAUUUUAGAGUCUUUAAGCAGACAACGCCCUCAGAAAAUGGAAGGAAGCUCUGGUGGGAUUCACCUGGCAGUAUGCCUCAAUAUUGUCCAGGUUUUAUGCUACAAAUCCAUCUUUUGACACAGGUGGAUGAAAGUAUAACAACAAAUCAGCUUUCACUCAUGUAAGCCUACAGGUAUCUCUCUGCCAAGAAGAAUCUUGCUUUAUGACAUGUGAAUUGAAGUUUGUGUCCUCCCUAAGCACUACUCUAUGCUAAGGUUUAUCAAAUUUCAGCAGUUCUCCAUAGCCCAGUGAAAUCAUCACAGAUCCAUUUUAUUCAACUGAGUCUUGCUGCUCUGUGUUCUUUGAGCUAUAGGCCAGCCUUCUCCUGAGCUGAGCAAUAGGAUGGAGAGUUCAAAAUUGCAGCUGCCAGAAUAAAUGAUCAGAAACAUGUACAUUUGUGUUAUGGUUUCUGUGAGAAAUGUGGGAAAGAAGCUACUUGUGGGAGUACUUGUUGCAAAGGGAAGGGGGGACACCAGGUGGUCAAAGAAGCCCAGGCUCCUGAGUCCCUCGCCAGCUUCCUUUGUGGUUCUCAUCGUCUCCUCAUUGCACCUGCAUUUGAAAACCAGUCUCAGAUUCACAUGUGAGAUUGUUAUCCAGAAGGUAUUAGUGAUGGCUUCUUUUUCUAUCAGAGAUGAAAUUCAAGUUGGAUGAAUGUACUACUACACAUCUAAUUCAGUUACUGGAAUUGCUUCUGUUUUUUGAGCAGAGAUAACAUUCCUUGGCUGUGCCUUGAUGCCAAGGUCCCUCUCCAUGGGAGGCAGGAGCUUCCAAGGGCCAUGAAGAUUAUAAGCCAUGGUUAAAAAGCUUUUGCUGUACCUGAAAAAAUGAAUGUCUUCAAAUGAGGAAUGAGAUUGGGUAUGGAUCUCGUCUGGGUUGUUCUUUCCAUAGGAAGGACUCUGGAUAAGGAUCUGCACUUGGAGCUUACAAAGUAAUGAAAAGAACUGAAGUUCACUGCCAAACAGAUCUAUAGCCAGCGGAUCACAGGGAUCAGGUCAACAGGUGCACCUAAAAGUGCAAGAGAGAAGCUCUCAAAGAGCAGGCCUGAAAUCAGAUGCCUGCUCUUUCCAUCAUGUCCCAGUGCCUCUGAAAUACUCAGCUUUACAACCAUGAUGCCAACAAGUUUCUGUGAGGGUUUGAACAUGAGUACCCAGGCACAUACUUUGACCAAGGCAGAGAUCCCUAGCCAUGUUCUUUACACCGUAGGAACGUGUGUGCUCAUUAUUGGCUCCAUUGGCAUCAUCGGAAACCUCCUAGUCCUCUAUGCAUUUUACAGCAACAAGAAGCUGAGGACUUCCCAAAACUACUUUAUAAUGAAUUUAGCUGUGAGUGACUUCCUGAUGUCGGCUUCUCAGGCACCCAUAUGCUUUGUCAACAGCUUGCACAGAGAAUGGAUACUUGGAGACAUAGGCUGUAACUUGUAUGCUUUCUGUGGGGCUCUCUUUGGGAUAACCUCGAUGAUGACUCUGUUGGCCAUCUCUGUUGACCGCUACCUGGUGAUCACAAAGCCCCUGCAGUCCAUCCAGUGGACUUCCAAGAGACGCACCAUGCAGAUCAUCGCCGCCGUGUGGCUCUACUCACUGGGAUGGAGCGUGGCUCCGCUCCUCGGCUGGAGUUCCUAUGUGCCUGAGGGCUUGAUGAUAUCCUGCACAUGGGACUAUGUAACCUACUCCCCUGCAAACAGAAGCUACACCAUGAUUUUGUGCUGCUGCGUGUUUUUUAUCCCCCUGGUAAUAAUAUUCUACUGCUAUUUAUCGAUGUUCCUGGCCAUAAGGCGUACUGGCAGAGAUGUUCAAAAGCUGGGGUCCUGCAGCCGGAAAUCCUACCUCUCUCAGUCCAUUAAGAAUGAGUGGAAGCUGGCAAAAAUUGCUUUUGUGGUCAUCAUUGUGUUUGUCUUGUCCUGGUCUCCAUAUGCUUGUGUCACCUUGAUUGCCUGGGCAGGUCGAGGUAACAUCCUAACACCAUAUGCCAAAUCUGUGCCAGCAGUUAUUGCCAAAUCUUCUGCAAUCUACAACCCCAUCAUAUAUGCAAUAAUUCACCCAAGAUACAGAAAAACCAUCCACAAAGCUGUUCCCUGCUUGAGGUUCCUGAUACGAAUAUCGAAGAAUGACCUCCUGAGGGGAUCCAUAAAUGAGUCAUCGUUCAGGACCUCUCUCUGCAGCCACCACUCUCUUGCUGGCAGGACCAAGAGCACUUGUGUUUCCUCUGUUUCUACUGGAGAAGCUAUCUGGAGCAAUGUAGAGCUCGACCCUGUGGAGCCAGCUCAAGAGAAACUGAAGCCUCGCCGAAGUCAUUCUUUCUCCACGAGUCUGAGACAAGAGAAGAGAGACCUGCUCCCAAAGACCUGCAGCUGUGAUGCAGUCACUGCCCAAAAGGUUUCACUCUCCUCGAGCUGUUUGGAGAAGGUUCUUGGGCAGCCUGUCCUACCCGGUCCCUCUGCAGCACUCAAGACCAGCUCCCUGAGAGCAACUUCUCUGCCUGUCAGAUUGAAUAGCAGCAGUGUCACCAGUGGAGACUCAAGUACCUCCCAUAUGGCACCUCAAGGAAGUCAAGUGAAUGGAGUUGUGGAUUCUCUCAUUAGCAAUGCAGUCCCUCGCAUCAUCAUCAUUCCUACCUCAGAGACCAAUCUGUUUCGGGAAGAACUGGAAGAGGAAGAGACUGAAUUAUUCCAAUUUCAUGACAAAAAGGGAAAUCUGCUGGAUUUGGAAGGGCUUAGCUCAUCCAUGGAGUUCCUUGAAGCUGUUGAGAAAUUUCUAUCAUAACUUUGUCAAAAGAAAACUUUCUGGUAAUUAUUUUCUUGGCAUCUUCUCCACUUAAUUAUACCAAAUAACUGAAGCCUUGUAGGUUAGGUCAUCAGACUUUUUUGUAUGUUUAUAUAGUAAUCACUAGGCAGCCUUCAGAUUUAUCUUUGUCCAAACCAGCUCAGGCAUGGAAACAGGCUUUCUUUCAGAUUGUGCUGCAGGAAAUGAGCAGUGGAAGAUCUGGCAGCACGAUCGAGUGGCAUUGGUCAAGGAGGCCGCCUGAUCUGUUGCCACUGAUGGGGGUGCCAGCAGAAGGGAAAAUGACUGACUGAGAGCAGGGUCAGCUGCUGAAUGCUUCUGCUAUCUGCACAUGGAACAGCAUUCCUGUUUUGGAAGCUCUGCUCUGGACAGCGAUGGGAAGCACCGCAAGACCGCAGCUUCCAUCAGCCCCAGCAGUAAGGCAGAUGGCUACAUGACCUCAACUAGAGUUUAAUCAAAUAAUUCUCAGCAUUGUUUUUGCUGUGUUUUAUUUUUAAAUAGGCAGUGUGCUGAACAUAAGGAAAGAAACUGGUGGUUUUUCACUGGGAAGUGACUGGUUCCCAGCUUCCAAUCCUCUGAAGUUUAGUGAUAGAAAUCUGGAUUUUACCUCAGCAUUAGCAUGGUCACCUAAAUGUCAAAAUGUAAGGUGCUAAAUGCUAAAACAUACAGUACUGUAGAAGCGUUCAGAGUACCUUCAAAUUUACAGUCUUGAUUAAAUAUUAAUGAGUCUGAUUGAAAGGGUGAAUGCUCACAGCUGGCUUGACAAGUCAUUGAUAAAAAUAAAGCCUUGGCUGCUGUAUAUCACUUGUCUGUUCAGAGGAGGUUCUUCUCAUCUCCUGUAAAACAAACCAGCAGAUGUCUUUUACAGGUCACUUACCAGAGGCCUUCAAAGUGGGUAAAACAUCAUCUUGGGGUGACAACCACACAGUACUGUGGUGUUUGCUGCAGGAUCUGCACUUAGAUCAUUAUGUGUGGUUACUAAUUGUGCUCAUUUUAUCUGUGCUUCACAUUAUGGCUCAGGCUCACAGGACUCUCCUAGCAUUUUAUUCCUAACUGCACUCUUCCUUUUUUUACUCAUUUUCCCAUUUCUCCACAUAUUCCCUUUCAGUCUCUGACUUUCAAAGAUAGAAAACAACCUGAACUACAUUGUUCUUCACAUAAUAUCAAUAUAUAUUAGUAGAAAUCAGGUGCUCCUCUGGAUAUAAUUGUGGAAAUAUUUGGUCCAGGGAGACUAAUAGCAUUCAGACAUUCAACAAGAGAGUGAAAGUUUAUGUUCAUAGUCUCAGUUUAUUUCCCUGGCUGUAUCCUAGAUUGUGCAGAGAACAGUGAGAGAAUUUCCAGGUUUUGUGUAUUGCACUGCCUGAUCUCGGGAAAUAAUUUCUCUCUGCCCAUUUUCCUGAUGGUAAGCAUAGAAGUGCUUUUAAUUACUUUUUUUUCAUUACAAAAAAAGGCAACACAAAUCUUGUUUUCAACAAGCUAGACAGGAACACCAUUAGAGAACAAAUUAAAACUCAGAGCAACACAAGAGAGUGAAGAAUGCCUCCAGACUUGCACACCUGAGGCUCUGCAAGGUGCUAGACCUUUGCAAGGACUGAGACACUUGCUUUUGACAUAGACUGUGCAAUUUUUAGGAAAAGAGAAAAAAAGGGCACUGGUGGGUUACAGAGACGAUUGCUGUGACAGGCUGCCUAAUGCAGUGCUGACACUCUUAAUGCUGCCAUUCUUUGGGGUGCUCUGCUGGCUAGAGACCCUCAUACCUCCUUACUGUGGAAAGCAGGGAGGAAAUCGGGGGUGCAGCCCCAUCGUGCAAACGACUGCCUGUGUGUAGCCCUGGUGUGUGGUGCCGGGGACCAAGGCUCAGCUGGGGCAGCACCAGGCUGUGGUUCCUGCAGCCAGGCUGCCAAAGCCUCUGUGCCCACUGCGUGCCGAGUUUUCUGACAGGCACAGGAAUCAUGCCAAGGUCAUCUACAAUGAGCUCAGCAAUUCCAAGGGCAAUUCCUCCAUUUGAGGACUGGCACAGUGAGCAGAGAGUGCAGGACAGCUGCCGGGGAUUGGGACAGGGACGUGCUCACUUGCAGCUCCACAGCGUCAGGUUUUCAUCCACUGCAUAGUUUUGGCCACAAUGAGUAAUCAAAUGUUAAUUAUGUGUUAUGUUCAUGGGAAAUGGGGCAGGCUUAGUCCUAGGCUAAACAUACUGUCCUGCCAUCUUGGAUUCUUGUAAUUUUUUUGCUGAACUUGCCUCUCUGAUUUUUUUUUCCUACACCAACUGUGCAGUCAGUGACCUUACUUCUUCUUGCAUUUGAUAUCCUCAGCUACUGUAUCUCUUUUCUUCUUGAGCCAGAUGUUAGGAAGCAAGUGUUCUUUCAAGGCUUCCAGGCCUUAGACCUGACUUGUACUGUUGUAAUUACUGCAAAUAACAAUAGGAAAUGCAUUUGGUGUUCCAUGUUACAAAAACAUGUCCUGGAGUAGCUUUUGCACUCAGAUUAUGACAGACUUAUACUGGGAAGACCGUAGGCAGGGUAUUGCCAUAGGUUUUGGCAGGAUGAAGAAUGGAAGACCUGAAGUCAUAGCCAACAAAUUCCUCCAUAUCUGAAGUUUUGCAUUCUACCUGUUGGCCUACAAGAAGGCUCUCCAGUGAUCUCUUGUAUGUGUUUGGUUCUAUUACUGUGCUGGUGCUGUGAGUGUGUCUCAGAAAAUUAGCAGGCUUGAGGUAUGUGCAAACAACAUCUCACUUUUAUGCUGUCAGAGUCAUAGACUGUUGGUACCAUUGCUUCAGAAGCUGCUAGCAAGAUCACUGCUUGUCUAAACAGAUGCAGGCUAAAAUACUAAAUGUAUUUUAGUACAUAUGGUAUAAUGAUAGAUAAAACCUAAAGUUGUAUGAAAUAUCAGAUGGAUUUACUGCAGUCACUGUGAGACUUGUGCAGAAACAUCAGUCACAGAGUAAAUUAGUCUUGAAUUGUACAACGCAGGAGAAUUUUGCAAGCUUCUCUGUUGCCACAUUAGAAUAGAUGGCACGUAAAAAUGUACACCUAUUAAUGUUUCUUCCUGUUUCACAAAGGAAUGUAUUGCUUCACUUAAAUGGAAUAAAAAUUUC